AUGCGCCGCGCGCUCCUGGCGCUCCUGGUCGCUGCUGUCGCUGCCGUCGGGGCCGCCCCCGGUCCCGCGUGUCCCGUCACGACACCGGACGAAGCCGGGACACGGUCCCGCGUGGGGCCGGCCCCGAGGAGAGCCAAGCGCUUUGCCUCGGUGCCGCGGUACGUGGAGAUGCUGGUGGUGGCGGACGAGUCAAUGGCCCAGUUCCAUGGCGCCGGGCUCCGGCGGUACCUGCUGACGGUGCUGGCGGCGGCCGCCCGGUCCUUCCGGCACAGUAGUCUGGGCAACGCGGUGGAGCUGCGGGUGACGCGGCUGGUGGUGCUGGGCCAGGGUACCCCCGGGCCCCCCACCACUCCCAACGCUGCCCAGAUGCUCCGCAACUUCUGCCAGUGGCAGAAGGGGCUCAACGUCCCCAACGAGGACAGUCCCCUCCACUUUGACACCGCCAUCCUCUUCACGCGGCAGGACCUGUGUGGGGCAGCCACCUGUGACACACUGGGCAUGGCUGAUGUGGGCACCAUCUGUGACCCCGAGCGGAGCUGUGCCAUCGUGGAGGACGACGGGCUGCAGUCAGCAUUCACGGCUGCACAUGAGCUGGGCCACAUCUUCAACAUGCUGCAUGACACCUCCCAGCCCUGCCGGGAGCUGAACAGCCGCUCUGGAGCCACCCGCCGCGUGAUGGCUCCUGUCCUCUCCUCACUGGAGCCUGGUGAGAUGUGGUCCCCAUGCAGCGCCCACUUCAUCACCGACUUCUUGGACAACGGCCAUGGUCAAUGCCUACUGGACAAGCCUUCGGAGUGGCUGCAGCUGCCCUCGGUGCUGCCAGGCAGCAUCUACCCGGUGCUGCGGCAAUGCCAGCUUGCCUUUGGGCCCGACUCGCGGCACUGCGGUGACCUGCAGCCACCCUGCGCCUCGCUGUGGUGCACCGGCCGUGUCAGCGGCCGCUCCGUCUGCCAGACGAAGCACUUCCCCUGGGCUGACGGCACUCCAUGUGCGCCGGGCAGAGUCUGCAUGGAUGGGCUCUGUGUCGGCAUCAGCCACAUGCAGAAGCUCACCACACCUGUGGAUGGCGGAUGGGGACCAUGGGGACCGUGGGGUGGGUGCUCACGGACCUGCGGUGGUGGCGUCCAGCUCUCCCACCGCAACUGCACCGCGCCAGCACCUCGCCACGGUGGCCAGUACUGUGAGGGCAAGCGCACCCGCUUCCAGUCCUGCAACGUGGAGGAGUGUCCUGGCAGCACCCCCCUCACCUUCCGGGAGGAGCAAUGUGCCACCUACAACCAUCGCCCUGACCUUGUCAGGGGGCUCCUGGCCCCCCAGGACUGGGUGCCACGCUACAGCGGUGUCUCCGAACAGGACCAGUGUAAGCUGAUCUGCCAAUCCCAAACCCUGGGCUACUACCAUGUGCUACAGCCGAGGGUGGCUGACGGGACACCCUGCUCCCCUGAGAGCACAGGGGUGUGUGUGCAGGGUCGCUGCAUCCCCGCUGGUUGUGACCGCAUCAUCGGCUCCAAGAAGAAGUUUGAUAAAUGCAUGACGUGUGGCGGUGACGGCUCUGGCUGCACCAAGGUCUAUGGCUCCUUCACCAAACCCCACUAUGGCUACAACGACGUGGUGACCAUCCCGGCGGGUGCCACACACCUCCUGGUCCGGCAGAUCUCAGCGGCAGGCAGCGAGGACAUCUUCCUGGCACUGCGGCGGCCGGCCGGUGGCUCCCUGCUCAAUGGCGGCUACGUCCUGGUGCCCUCCCCAACUGAUGUGGUGCUGGCAGGCGGCGUGACCCUGCGCUACAGCGGUGCCACAGCGGCCACCGAGAUGCUGACAGGCCGGGGGCCGCUGCGCGAACCGCUGGUGCUGCAGGUGCUGGUGGUGGACGAGCAGCACCCACCGCGCUUGAAAUACAGCUUCUUCGUGCCCCGGGCACAGAGACACCCGUCGGCAGCCUGGGAGAAGCAGAAAGCUGAGAUCCUGGAGAUCCUCAGGAGCCGCCAGCGACACAAGUAG